AUGCCUUCUCAGAGGAAGCCCACUACCGCUCAGGCGGUCCGGAAGCACAAGGGUUCCUCUAAGGAGAAGAUUCGCAAGAAGUCCUCUGGACACCAGAAGAUGGGCACUAUCAAGUCCAAACACAAAGCCCAGAAGCCCUUCCCCUUCUUCAAGUUGGCUGCGGAGCUCAGAAAUGAGAUCUACCAUCUUGCGCUCACCACCGACGAACUUAACUUCGAGGGCCACACAGACAAGAAAACCAAAGUCCAGUCGGUUCAGCUCGGCCUGUGGAGAUAUAAGAGCUUUAAGCUUCUGAGUGUCAACCUCGUUGCCACCUGUAAGACAGCUUACCACGAGGCCGCUCCCCUUCUGUACAGCAAAAACAGAUUCAUCUUCGACACGUCACAGACGCUUCUCAUGUUCUUGAUGCGCAUCCGUGACCACCACCCUCACAUCAUGCCAUGGAUCGAGUACCUGGGUAUCCGCACCGUCAGUCAGAGUGCAGCUACGCAAUCCUACAGACACGCAGUCUUCAUGGCUCUUGUCGGCUUCAGCAACCUCAAGUGCGUGCAAUUCAACAUCAAGCAUAUCGAAAGCCACGGCCUCAGAAAGUUCUUCAGGGACAGUCACACUUGGAUAACCUACCUUUCAGAGUGCAAGGGUAGCGUUCGUGCCGGAAUUGAGGUCAUAUCUGUUUAUCCUCCCUGGACCUGGACGUUCGUGUGGGGGGCGCCGACUGAGAAGCAAAAGCAGCUUGAAGCUGACAAGAAGGAAGUGGAUGAUACGGUUCUGCACGCUAAGUUGGAGAAGUCCUUCGUUAAGGCACUCAAAUAG